GGACCCCAGCCCCAUAGAAGAUUCCAAGGGGGUUGGCGGCCCCAGCCCCAUAGAGAACCCCAAGGGGGUCGGUGACCCUGGUGCCCCCCACAUCCUGGAGGACCCCAACAUCAUGGAAGACCCCAAACCCAACUUGGGGGUCCCCAAGGCCAUGGGGGUCCCCAAAAGUUUCGGUGACCCCAAAGCCAAUGCUCUGAAGGACCCCAACGUCAUCAAAGACCCCAACCCCAACUUGGGGGUCCCCAACGCCAUGGGGGUCCCCAAAAGUUUCGGUGACCCCAAAGCCAAUGCUCUGACGGACCCCAACGUCAUCAGAGACCCCAACCCCAACUUGGGGGUCCCCAACGCCAUGGGGGUUCCCAAUGCCAUCAAAGACCCCAAGACCAUGGAAGACCCCAACGCCGUCGAAGACCCCGACAUCAUCGAAGACCCCAACCCCAUGGAACACCCCAACGUCAUGAAAGACCCCAAAGCCAUCGAAGACCCCAACCCCAUAGAAGACCCCAAAGCCAUCAAAGACCCCAAUGCCAUCAAAGACCCCAGCGUCAUCAAAGACCCCAACCCCAUGGAAGACCCCAACGCCAUCGAAGACCCCAACCCCAUGGAAGACCCCAAAGCCAUCGAAGUCCCCAACCCCAUGGAAGACCCCAACAUCAUCAAAGACCCCAAAGCCGUCAAAGACCCCAAAGCCAUCGAAGACCCUAACGCCAUGGAAGACCCCAACUCCAUGGAAGACCCCAAAGCCAUCAAAGAUCCCAGUGCCAUCGAAGACCCCAACCCCAUGGAAGACCCCGACAUCAUCGAAGACCCCAACCCCAUGGAACACCCCAACGUCAUCAAAGACCCCAAUGCCAUCAAAGACCCCAACGCCAUCAAAGACCCCAACCCCAGGGAACACCCCAAAGCCAUCAAAGACCCCAGGAUCAUUGAAGACCCCAACCCCAUGGAAGACCCCAACAUCAUCAAAGACCCCAAAGCCAUCGAAGACCCCAACGCCAUCGAAGACCCCAACCCCAUGGAACACCCCAACGUCAUCAAAGACACCAAAGCCAUCAAAGACCCCAACCCCAUAGAAGACCCCAACCCCAUGGAAGACCCCAAACCCAUGGAAGACCCCAACCCCAUGGAAGACCCCAACCCCAUGGAAGACCCCAACCCCCCAAGUGCCGCCGGCGCCCCGUGGGACCGCGUGGUGUUCGUGCUUCCGGCCUUCGAGGUGCAGGCAGGGACCCCCAUCCCGGCCACCAAAGCGGAUCUGCUGCGCUUAUGGGGCGCGGGGGUGGCGCGGCCUUUCUAUGGGGCGCUGUGCCCGCGCUGCCAGGAACCCACGGAUUACGGGCGGUGGCGGGCGCUGCCCCCGGGCCCCCGGCUGCGGGUGGCCUACGAGGCCCCAUGGAGGGACCCGUGGGAGCCCUUCUACGUGGGGCCGGCCCACGGCGUGCCCCCCUUCGACGAGCGCUUCGUGCAGUACGGCUUCAACCGCAUCAGCCAGGCGUGCGAGCUCCACGUGGCCGGGUUCCGCUUCGCGGUGCUGGACGGCGCCUUCGUCGCCCACCGCGGCUUCAAGAUGGCGGGCGGCUUCCAUGGGGCCAAGGAGGCCGAGCUGGGCCGCAACCGGCGCCUCUACCGAAACUUCCGCGCUGAACUGCGCCAGCGCUACCCCGGCUCGCCGCGACGCUGCUGACGACCGGGCCCCUACUCGCCGCCGGCGUGGGGCGCUGACACCUGGGGGGCGGUGGGGCCCGGCGGCGUUGGUCAAUUUGGGGUUGGCCAACUGGGUCCCAUGGGCACUGGUCCCAUUGACAUUGGCCAACUGGGUCCCAUUGGGGUUGGCCAACUGGGCCCCAUUGAUGUUGGUCGCGUUGGGGUUGGCCAACUGAGUCCCAUGGACACUGGUCCCAGUGACGUUGGCCAACUGGUCCCAUGGAUGUUGGUCCCAGUGACGUUGGCCAACUGGGCCCCAUGGACACUGGUCCCAUUGGUGUUGGCCAACUGGGCCCCAUUGACAUUGGCCAACUGGGCCCCAUUGACAUUGGCCAACUGGGUCCCAUUGACAUUGGCCAACUGGGUCCCAUGGACACUGGUCCCAGUGACGUUGGCCAACUGGGUC